AUCUCUUUUGAUCCUGGAUGACAUUUGGGAUUCCUGGGUAUUAAAAGCAUUUGAUAAUCAAUGUCAGGUUCUUAUCACCAGCAGGGACAGGAGCGUAACAGAUGCUGUGGCUGGCAAUAAAUAUGAGGUUCAUGUGGAAAGUGGACUAGCACAUGAGAAAGGACUGGAGAUUUUAUCUCUAUUUGUGAAUAUGAAAAUAUCAGAACUGCCAGAACAAGCUAACUGCCUUGUAAGGGAAUGCAAAGGUUCUCCUCUUGUGAUAUCCUUGAUAGGUGCAUUAUUACGAGACUUCCCCAGUCGUUGGGAAUACUAUCUUAAACAGCUGCAGAAUAAACAGUUUAAAAGAAUAAGAAAAUCAUCGUCUUAUGAUUACGAAGCCCUUGAUGAAGCGAUGUCCAUAAGUGUUGAGCAACUGAAUGACAAUUAUAAAGACUACUAUAAAGACCUCUCUAUCCUCCCAAAAGAUGUUAAAGUCCCUACUAAGGUUCUCUGUAUUCUUUGGGAUAUGGAAACUGAAGAAGUUGAAGAUAUACUACAGGAGUUUGUUAACAAAUCACUGUUGUUCUGUGAUCGUAAUGGGAAGUCAUUCCAUUAUUAUUUACAUGAUCUUCAACUUGACUUUCUUACAGAGAAGAAUCGCAACCAGCUUCAGGAACUACAUAAAAACAUAGUAAACCAGUACAAGAAACAUUACAAACUUAAUACGCCUGUUCAGUCUCAAGAGGAUUGCAUGUACUGGUAUAACUUUCUAGCGUAUCACAUGGCUGGUGCCAACAUGCAGAAGGAACUCCGUGAUCUUAUGUUUUCUUUAGAUUGGAUUAAAGCUAAAACAGAACUGGUAGGGCCUGCUCAUCUGAUUCAUGAAUAUGUAGAAUAUAGUUCAAUCCUGGAUCAAAAGGAUAGCGCAGUACGUGAGAACUUCCAGGAAUUUCUGUCUUUAAAUGGGCACCUUCUUGGACGGCAACCAUUUCCUGACAUUAUACAGCUGGGGCUUUGCCAGCCGGAGACAUCAGAGGUGUAUCAACGAGCCAAGCUACAAGCUCAAAGAGAAACAGGAAUGUUUUAUUUGGAAUGGAUAAAUAAAAAAUCCUUGAAAAACCUCUACCGUCUGGUUGUUCGUCCACAUAGAGAUGCAGUCUACCAUGCCUGCUUUUCAAAGGACAGACAAAGAAUAGCAUCAUGUGGAGCUGAUAAAACGCUUCAGGUGUUUAAAACAGAAAGUGGAGAGAGACUGCUGGAGAUAAGUGCCCAUGAUGAUGAAAUACUUUGUUGCGCUUUCUCUGCAGAUGGUGAAUUUGUAGCAACUUGUUCAGCUGAUAAAAAAGUUAAGAUCUGGAACUCGAGAACAGGCCAGUGUCGGUGGGUAUAUGAAGAACACUCAGAGCAAGUCAAUUGCUGCCAGUUCAAUAACAGAAGUGGUCAGUAUCUUUUAGCCACCUGCUCCAAUGACACUUUCAUCAAACUUUGGGAUUUGAAAAAAAAGUAUUGUAGAAAUACAAUGAUUGGUCAUGAAAAUUCUGUCAAUCACUGCAGAUUUUCACCAAAUGAUGACUAUGUUGCUAGCUGCUCAACAGAUGGAACAGUAAAGCUUUGGGAAGCACGCUCAGCAAAUGAACUGAAAAGUAUUGAGAUAAAAGAUUUCUUCAGAAAUGCAGAUGAGCAGCCAGAUGAUGUGGAGGUUUUAGUAAAAUGUUGCUCUUGGUCCAGAAAUGGUGACAUGAUUUUGGUGGUAGCCAAAAAUAAGCUUUUGCUUUUUGAUGUUAAAACAUGUGAUUUGUUAUCGCAAGUUGUCAUAAGUCAUCACAGUACAAUCCAAUACUGUGACUUUUGUCCUGGUGAUGAGUUAGUAGCAGUUGCUUUGUCUCACUGUUCUGUUGAGUUAUGGAAUAUUAAAUCUUUAUCAAAAGUGGCAUAUUGCAGAGGUCACAUGAGCUGGGUUCACUGUGUGACUUUUUCUCCAGAUGGAUCUUUAUUUCUGACAUCAUCUGAUGACCAGACAAUACGU